AUGGACGAAGAACCUCAACAUUUAUUUAGGUUUCCUUUUCACUUGCCAUCCUUUGAUGGUAUGCGCACGAUUGGUGUAUACUUGGCAGGUGUACUCUAUGCCCUAGGGUUCUGGGCAUUUAUAGACUCGGUGCUGUUUUCCAAGUAUAAUAAUGCUUCAGAUUUACAUAUUACUUUUGUGGAUUGGGUCCCGUUUCUUUGCAGCACGUUUGGUAUGCUGAUAGUAAACUCGAUUGAGAAGAACAGGCUUUUGCAAGGGGCUUUAUCUGGUGACAAUGGUAUGUUCGGGGGUAUGAACAUGGAUUCACAAUUGGCAUGGCAAGCUAGAUCUGUGCUGUUUCUGGGGUUUGCACUACUAGCUGGUGGCAUUUCUGGUUCUCUAGUAAUUUUGAUUAUAAAGUAUAUUGUGAGAGACUACAUAUCAUUCCCAACAUUAGGGAUGGGUAUCGAAAAUGUGGUCUCAAACGCAUGUGUGAUGCUAAGUUGUGUUGUUCUAUGGGUUGCACAAAAUAUUGAAGAUGAAUAUUCAUACAACCUCACUUUGUAA